AGAGCCUUGAACAAGACAGAUAUUGCACCCACAGUCCGAGAAUAUCUGCCAACAACCUCGUAAGACCCAACAUGGCUCUUCUCGUAGACAGAUUGCGUCCACGAUCGCUUGAUUCACUGACAUACCACCCCGAACUGUCAGCACGACUGAAAUCUUUGGCACAAAGCGGUGACUUCCCUCACCUUCUCGUCUACGGCCCCUCAGGCGCAGGCAAAAAGACCCGAAUCAUCGCAACGCUCAAAGAACUCUACGGCCCCGGCGUCGAAAAAAUCAAAAUCGACGCUCGCGUCUUCCAAACAACCAGUAACCGAAAAUUAGAGUUCAAUAUCGUGGCUUCAGUAUACCAUCUCGAAAUCACUCCCUCCGAUGUCGGGAAUUAUGACCGUGUCGUCGUGCAAGAACUACUCAAAGAAGUCGCCCAAACCCAACAAGUAGACCAAUCAGCCCGACAACGAUUCAAAGUCGUCGUUAUCAACGAAGCAGACCAUCUCACUCGCGACGCCCAGGCAGCUUUGCGUCGGACCAUGGAGAAAUACAGUCCCAAUUUACGCCUCAUACUACUAGCGAACAGUACCUCGAAUAUCAUUGCCCCUAUUCGAUCGCGAACACUUUUGGUGCGUGUUGCGGCGCCCUCGGAAUUAGAUAUUUGUGCUGUUUUGCGCUCGGCGGCGCAAAAGGAGAAUUGGACGCAAUCUGAUGCGUUGAAUGUGAGGAUUGCGAGGGAGAGUGGGCGGAAUUUGAGACGAGCUUUGCUUAUGUUUGAGGCUAUUUAUGCACAGAAUGAGAAAGUAUCUGAUAAAACUCCUAUUCCUCCACCGGAUUGGGAGGCUCUUAUCUCGGUCGUUGCGGAUGAAAUUCUAGCUGAACGAUCUCCGGCGAGGAUAUUGCAAGUUCGGGAAAGGCUUUAUGAUCUGUUGACUCAUUGCAUUCCUCCGACGACUGUGUUGAAGACUCUCACGUUCAAACUCAUCCCAAAAGUCGAUGAUGCAUUGAAACCAGAGGUUAUCAAAUGGUCAGCCUUUUACGAGCAUAGAAUUAAGCUGGGUAGUAAAGUCAUCUUCCAUCUUGAGGCCUUUGUUGCCAAGUUUAUGCGCAUCUAUGAAGGGUACUUAAUGGGCAUGGAUUUCUGAAGUGGAAAAGCUACUAGUACUGGGGGGUAUUCAGGCGUAAUGGUUAGAGGGCAUGGGUUAUAUGAUCAAAGCGAAUUCUAUUCUUCA